GAUUCAACUGCUCUCCAAGCUCUCCAACCCACUCUCCGCCUUUUUCCCCCGGUUUUCCCCCGGUGUUUCCAUGGCCUUGAUUCUCCAUUAUUACCCCGCAUCCCCACGCCGACGAUGGAGCUAAUGGAGUUCUACGGUGAUUAUUCCUGGGCUGCUCCAGAGCAGAGCAUACCUAGCAACGAGCAUGCUGAGGUAGUGACCCGUACUGCCAAGAUGGAACGCGACGAAAAGACUUCGGUCGAGAUGCGCGAAGCGCAAAGCGCCGAGAAAGUCUCGCCGCCAGCUGCGGCCCCGGCUUUCGACUUUGCUUCCCGCGACCCGGAUCAGCUUGCAGAGCAAAAAAAGAAGCUGCUGCGCAAGGUUGACGGGCGGCUGCUCCCCCUUCUCAUCCUCAUGUACCUGUUCAACUUCCUCGACCGGUCCAACCUGGCCCAGGCGCGCCAAGGCACUCUCGAGGCCGACCUAGGCAUGACCGGUACCGACUUCAACCUCGCCACUUCAAUCUUCUUUAUAGGCUAUCUGCUCAUGCAGCUGCCUUCCAACCUGAUCAUCACCCGCGUGCGUCCGUCGCUUUACCUCGCCGGCGUUACCGUCUUGUGGGGCGUUGUGUCGGCUUGCAACGGAGCGACGCGCAAAUUCACCGACCUCAUCGUCGUCCGCUUCUUCCUCGGAUUCGUCGAGGCUCCCUUCUUCCCCGGCGUCAUCUUCCUCAUGUCCAGCUGGUACACUCGCGCCGAACUCACGCGCCGUGUCGCCUGGUUCUACUCGGGCAGCGCUUUGGCCAACAUGUUUGGCGGUCUGCUGGCUGCAGGCAUCCUAGGCAACAUGCACAACACUCAGGGCAUUGCCGGGUGGCGAUGGCUUUUUCGGGCGCUGGCUUCGUACCGUCUGUUGGAGGACAUUGACGAAGCGGAUGAGGCCACGGCAACGAGCGUCUGGCAUGGCGUCAAGCUGGCUCUCAAAGACUACCGCUUGUACCUGUUUGUCUUGCUGCAGCAUCUCAGUCUGCUCUCCCAGACCUUCCAGUACUUCUUCCCAAGCAUUGUCGGGACUUUGGGCUACGGCAGCAUCGUCACAUUGCUGUUGACCGUACCUGUCUGGUUCGCCACCUUCCUCACCACGAUAGCAGCCACCUUUUCGGCGUCGCGGACCAACGAUCGUUCGCUGCACAUUAUCGGUCUGAUGCUCGUCGCCACCGUCGGCAACGUUAUCGCGACGGCGACAAGCAACCUGGCUGCGCGUUUCUUCGCCAUGUUCCUAAUGCCCAUGGGCUCCGUUUCAGCCUUUGUCAUUAUCGUGCCCUGGAUCGCCAACUCGUUUCCGCGCCCGCUGGUCAAACGCUCCGCGUGUGUCGCCAUCGCUAAUAUGAUUGGUAACACUGCAUCCGCCUACGGAAGCUACAUGUACCCCGCGUCGGCGGCGCCGCAGUACGUCCCUGGGGGUAGCGCAAACGCGGUAAUUAGCCUAACGGUUGCGAUACUGGCGCUCGUGUUACGGUGGUUGCACCAGCGCGAAAACGACAAACUGGAAAGGGCAGAGGUCGAGGCUGGUUCCGGGAAUUUGGCUGAGACGCAAACGAAGUCUGGGUUCCGGUUUAUAUAUUAA